GUGGCUCGCUUCUCACUGUGCGCUUGUUUACGGUCUAUCCCCAGACGGUGCCAAUAUCCUUCGAGAACGCCUGGCUUGCCGAGAUGUGGUCACCCGGGGUUGGCGAUCAAACACUGCCUACAAGUGCGGGCAUCUACCAGGGGUGGCAGUUUGAGACGGCGAUGCAGGAUCCUCGCGUUGUUUUGGGAACCGGCCCCACUCGAGCUGGCGCUGUUGGCGGCGUGCUCCAAAUUGCCUUCGUGCCAGCAAACGCAGCCAGUAAGCUGAUCCUGACAGCGGUGAGUCCCAGUGGUUGGGACUUUCAGGGCGUGGACGUCUGUGAAAGUGUUAGCGAGGCGGUGGUCUGUGUGAGGGCAUCGGCAUCGGCGCAGUCGCCGAAUGUGCUGAUACUGGACGAUAUCUCCAUCAAGGCACAGAUCCUUUUCCAGAGAGAGCUCCGGAACGUAAGGCUAGCCAGCGGUGGAGGAAUCGCCGAAUUCGAGCUUGCAACCUUUGCCCUUGGACAGAUGGGAAACGAGGUCGCUGCAGACUCCAGUGGUUCCUUGGCCACGUGGCGACUUCCAGGAGCCCUGGAGGUGAGCUCGCUGCAGCUCGGAACCUACCGGAGUAUCGUCCGAGACACGGGCGACACGAUCUUCCAACAGCUCCCUCCAAGACUACUUUUGCGUGAGACGGUCUUGAUCAUCCAUUUCAGUGUGACGCAGGCGUGUUUUUCAGGAGACAUACUGUCUCUGGAAGACCCCACAGGAACCUUUGAGAUGUUUCAGGAGAAUGCCACGAUCAAGCAGGUCGGCAAUGGAUUCAUGCUCGACUUUCCGUCCUCUGCAUCAGCCAAGCCUCCCAACGCUUUGGAAAUCACUGUGGAAGACGUAAUGGCGCCUGGUACCGUGUUCUGUCUACAAAUGAAUGCGCGCCUUCGACGACAGAUUGAGCAGCCAUCAACAAAUGAAGUGAGCAGGAAGCUCUUCAACUUCCGUGCAUUCCGUGAUAGAGAGUCCCUGCCGCUGAAUACAAAUGACGGACUGAUUCUCACCAGUCUCUUAAGCCAGGAAAGCUGGUCUUCCUCCUCUUUGCUCUUACCCUUUGACAUGGCAGCACAGGUUGGAGCCCCAGGGACGCAGAUACAGGUCUCGGGAGAUAUCCAGGUCGUAGACAAUCUGUGGCUUUUGGCACCUGUUGGAGUAGUCAUAGUCUCGCCAUGUUCUCCAACACCGUGCAGCGACAUCAGCCAGGACUUCAACGGCACUGGUCGUCAAGCUGCUCUGCUGCUGCCAACCAGCGAGCGGUUCGGGCUUCGUGUGGAGCUUCCUGCAUCCUGGGACUCUGGACGCAACGACUGGGUGGCAGUCGUUCCUGCACAGGAAAGGCUUGAUGGCGUCAAGGCGACCAUGUGGGCCUCUGACAACAGCGUUUCGCUGCGUGCUAUGCCCGCGAGCGUAUCGUAUGCAGCUGUCGCGUUGACAUUUUCGGUAGAUCUUGCAGUGAGUCUUAGCCCGGGAGCUGCUGCUCUGGCCCUGUUGGGAAGCGCUUCCCAAAGCUACAUCCAGGUCCAGGCUCCUGUCGGCUACACGCUUCGCUGUGGCGGCGGCUUCCGCUCCUCGCUUCCGGACUCGGCCCGAGUGGACUGCCAGGUGGGGCCUGGACCCGGCGAAGCUGUCCUUGGCAUUUCAAACGUGGACCUGAAUGCUGCCGGCACGCUCCACUUCAGCUUUGGCUUGGACACGCCUGCUGCAGAUCCAAGCCCAAAUUUGUUUAGCAUUGCACUUCGAGACGCCAACAAUGUGACCCUGGAUGCUGCGAUGGCUGUUCCAGGCAUGCACAUUCCACAAGCCCGAGUGGAAGCAUUCGUUUCCUUGUUGGUGGUGGACUUUGAAAACGUUGCCCGACUCCAGGCAUGGGGCGAGGCAGCGCAGGAGCUGGGUGUACUUCGUGGCAGCAUAGCUGCUGCCCUGAAUAUCGGCGAAGAAGGCGUUUCCGUGGACUACGUCCAGGCAGUGCUUGGCAUCAGCGACGUGCGGAGAUUGCAGAGCAGCGGCGUCGUGGCGGGCCAGCUGCAGGUGAACUUCUCUGCCUACUCCAACUUGGUGCAAUUGGCAGAGCUGUCGGAUCGCAUCACCGUGGGAGGCUUCGCGGCGGGACUUCAACGCGAGCUGGGUCCACGCGCCAUCGCAGCCGGUCUCGUCGAGCUGCAGGUCACCGGUGCUUCCGUGCCUGCCACACCGGUUCCAAGCCAGCCUCCAAAUGUCACCACCCCGACGCUGCGCUGGAGCAGCGCAGAUGCAAACAGCACGGGCACCGUGUCUGUGAACCUGAUCUUCCAGAGGCCCACAUCAGCCAUUCGAGCAGUGCUGAUUCAAAUGCCUGUCGGCUAUAGCCAUCUUCUUGCGUCCGUGGACGACAUUCGCAUCAUUCAGAGAGGUGCCACGAGUGCAUUCCCCAUGGAUCAGCCACAGACGCGGUCAACCAGCAGCAUCACGGUCCUCCUGAAUCCUGGAGUUCUGGACUCGGACAGCACGGUGAGGUUUGAAUACCCAUUCCGCAUGCCCAGAGAAGAUCCAAUUCAGAACCUCGGCGGAACAUUUGGACAGUGUCCCUGUGCUCUGGAGUGUAUUGCAACUCUGUUGCACAGGAACCUGCCGGUCACACAUGACGACAGGGAGCUUCUGUGGAUUGCAGGUGGCUCCCACGCAGCCAGUCAGAAGUGGGACGAAGGGAAUCGGGGAGCUUCCGUUACUCACACCACUUUUGUGGAUCCAGAGGUUGUGUAUGCCACCAGCGAUGCUCCAGACAAGAACAUGAGUGUCGUUGAACUCAGACAGCAGGCCUUCAAGCCGGAGAUCCACUAUCGCACCGAGCAGCGCGACAGGUUUGAAGAUCCAGGACCGCAGCCGAAGAAUGACACUCUGGUUCCAGUGGUUUCAGUGCACUUCGGAGAUGAUAGGCCAGGCUACUCGCUGCAAUCCCACUCAGCGCAUCGCAAAAUAGCGCAGGAGGAGCACCAGCACCAAAAAGUUCUUCGGGCGGCGGGGUCCGGCGUGCUGAUUCCCACAAGUGCCUGGCCCAAGCCAGUGCGCUGCAAUCCAGUGACUGGUGGACCCAGAAAUGCUGAUGUCUACGACCUGGGCGUGGCAGCGGGAGUUCGGCAUGAUCGCGUCAGCCAAAACAGCUCUACCAUCGUGCAUGAGGCUCACGUCCGGAACCCUAUUCAUGGGAUAGCAAUUCCCCUGCACGCCUAUGCCAAUCCGAGAGGGGAGUUGGGAAGGAGCUCGGAGCAAGUGGUGGCAGAAGCCAACCGGAUGGUUCCGGCGCUGCGAUCCUUGGCUGCUGUGCGGCCGGGGUCCUGGUGA